AUGUCUCUCACCAUUCCAACUAACCUCUCCAAACCCACAUCAACCCUAAGACCCAAACUCACCCAAAAACCAAAACUCUCCACCAACAGCAUCAUCAUCCACUGCAGCACAAACCAAACCCCAAACAACCAACCCGACCAUGCAAACUCAAAUCUAAAAGCCUUCUCCGCUGCACUAGCCCUCUCCUCAAUCCUCAUCUCCUCCCCACUCCCCGCCGUCGCCGACAUCUCCGGCUUAACCCCCUGCAAAGAAUCAAAACAGUUCGCCAAACGUGAAAAACAGUCAAUCAAAAAACUCGAGUCCUCUCUCAAACUUUACGCUCCCGACAGCGCUCCGGCGCUGGCGAUAAACGCGACGAUUGAGAAAACGAAGAGAAGGUUCGACAAUUAUGCGAAACAAGGCCUGUUGUGUGGCGCUGACGGGCUACCUCAUUUGAUUGUGAGCGGUGAUCAGAGACAUUGGGGUGAGUUUAUCACUCCGGGGAUUUUGUUUCUGUAUAUUGCGGGAUGGAUUGGAUGGGUGGGAAGGAGUUACUUGAUUGCGAUCCGUGGUGAGAAGAAACCGACUCAGAAAGAGAUUAUUAUUGAUGUUCCACUUGCUUCUAGGUUGGUUUUUAGAGGCUUCAGUUGGCCUAUUGCUGCUUACAGAGAGUUGUUGAAUGGUGAACUCAUUGCCAAGGAUGUUUAG